AUGGGUUCCCUCCCCAAGGCCAAUGUUCCCAGGAUCGACGUGGCGGCCCUGUUUGGAGACGACCUCGCCGCGAAGAUGAGCGUGGCUCAGAAGAUUGAUGCCGCUUCACGCGAUACUGGGUUUUUCUACGCAGUCAACCAUGGAGUUGACGUGAAUCGGCUCUCUCAACGAACCAGGGAGUUUCACAUGUCUAUCACAGACCAAGAGAAGUGGGACCUCGCCAUUCGUGCCUACAACAAAGAGCACCAGGACCAGAUCCGGGCUGGAUACUACCUGUCCAUUCCCGGGAGAAAGGCAGUCGAGUCCUUCUGCUACCUGAACCCCAAUUUCAAGGAGGGGCACCCGCGUAUCCAGGCCAAGACACCUGCGCAUGAGAUCAACGUGUGGCCCGAGGAGCAAAAGCACCCAGGGUUCCGUGCGUUUGCGGAGCAGUACUACUGGGAUGUCUUCGGGCUUUCCUCGGCCCUGCUGCGCGGAUAUGCCCUGGCCCUGGGCCAAGAGGAAGACUUUUUCAGCCGCCACUUCAAGCAGGAGGACUCUCUGGCCUCAGUCGUGCUGAUCCGCUACCCUUAUCUGGACCCAUACCCCCCCGCGGCGAUCAAAACCGCGGCCGACGGGACGAAGCUGAGCUUUGAGUGGCAUGAGGAUGUGUCUCUCAUCACCGUGCUAUACCAGUCCAAUGUCCAGAACCUGCAGGUGGAAACCCCGCAAGGGUACCUGGACAUCGAGGCUGACGACGCGGGGUACUUGGUCAACUGCGGCAGCUACAUGGCGCACAUUACCAACAACCACUACCCAGCGCCGAUCCACCGCGUGAAGUGGGUGAAUGAGGAGCGCCAGUCGCUGCCAUUCUUCGCCAAUCUGGGCUUCGACAGCGUGGUGCCCCCGUUCGAUCCCCGUGCGCCCGACGGCCAGUGCGACCGAGAGCCACUGUCCUACGGCCACUAUCUGCAGAAUGGGCUAGUGGGCCUGAUCAACAAAAACGGCCAAACCUAG